AUGUCUAUGCUUUUAGAUCAAGCUCUCGUCGAAGACGUCGCCAGAUUUUGCCCUAACUAUUUUUUGGCCUAUCAUCAAUGCUUGGCUAAGGGUGAUGCUUCUAAGUGUUUGAAAGAACAAGAACAGCUUUCUUCUUGUGUUAGAACAGAAGUACCUUCCUUUGUCAAAAUCUUGAGCGAAUGUGCUCAUCAUAUGAAGGAGUACGAAAAUUGCAUUAAAGAAAAUACCAACAUUCGCACGAAAUGCUUUGACCAACUGCAAGCUGUGCGACAAUGUUCUGCUAAGUCUAUUAAUGCUAAGGAAUCCGAGUAA